CCACAAAUCCGACGGUCGUGAAACGUUCCCAACUCCCAACGCCAGUCCACCGCCAGUACCGGAACAAGAGCACUCACCAUUGCUUCGGACAGAGAGAGAGAGAGAGAGAGAGAGAGCGCGAUGUGCGGGAGAGCUCGAUGUACUCUGAGGGCAGACGAUAUACCCAGGGCUUGCCGCCUCAACGGUCGCCCCGUCCGUUCUAUCAACACCGACCGGUACCGGCCAUCGUAUAAUGUUUCUCCGGGAAGGGAUAUACCUGUGGUUCGGAGAGAAGAUGGUUCUGAUGGUGACGGGGUGGUUCUUCAGUGCAUGAAGUGGGGACUCAUCCCUAGUUUCACAAAGAAAGAUGAGAAACCUGAUCACUACAAGAUGUUUAAUGCUCGCGCUGAGUCAAUACGUGAAAAAGCUUCUUUUCGCCGUCUUGUCCCCAACCAUAGAUGUGUGGUGGCCGUGGAGGGAUUCUACGAGUGGAAAAAAGAUGGUUCCAAAAAGCAGCCUUACUAUAUUCACCUUAAGGAUGGCCAGCCCCUUGUGUUUGCUGCUCUUUAUGAUACUUGGAAGAACUCUGAAGGAGAGAUUCAUUAUACAUUCACUAUCUUGACAACUUCGUCAUCAUCAACUUUAGGGUGGCUGCAUGACAGGAUGCCUGUUAUUUUAGGUCACAAGGAAUCAAUGGAUACAUGGCUAUUUGGUUCACCAUCUUCCAAAUUUGAGACAGUACUCAAGCCAUAUGAAGGGCCAGAUUUGGUAUGGUACCCUGUGACAUCUGCAAUGGGUAAGCCUUCUUUCGAUGGACCAGAAUGCGUUAUGGAGAUAAAAUUGAAGACAGAAGAGACAAAGCCAAUCUCACAGUUUUUUUCAAAGAAGGGAGUCGAUAGUGAACAAGGGUCAAACCUUGGGAGCAUGCAUGGAGAUCUCAUUAAAAACAAUCAGCCUAAAAGCUUGAAAGAGGAACCUCAGACCCAAGACAGGCUGGAUCAUCCUUUUGUUACCGAUGAAGGCAAUGAUGAAUCAAAGCCUAAUAUUUCGACACUUACAAACGAAGGAGCUGGAAAUCUCCCCAUCAAGCGAGACUACAAGGAACUUUCAGCUAACACAAAGCCAGUUAGUGGCAAAGCCGAAAAGCCUCAAACAAGUCCAGCAAGGAAGAAGAAAAAUGUUGGUCCUGCAGAUGAUGAACAACCUACACUGUUGUCCUUUUUUGGAAAAAGAUAGUAGCACUUCUUAUUUUGUAUGUUCCACCUGCGUGUGCUAAUCAAAUGCCUGUAUAUAGAGAUUUGAAGAACGUGUGUACCCUGUUGUUUGUUGUUAUUAAGCCUGUGUACUGCUCCAUAUUUUUGUACGAAGCCUAGAGAAAAUUUCAGUGACUAUUAUCACAAGGUAACCGUGGAAAGAGGGGUUAUUUUGGCAUAAUUUAUGGAAAUCUCUUGUUCUUUUUUCUUG